AUGAUCCGCUCGUGUAGUUUGUUGAGAAAGAAAAGGAAGGAAAAUCAGUACUUUCGCGUUGAAGCAUCGCCGCCAGCCACUUCUAAGUACGGACGUCAGGCACCAGACGCAGCACACGACCACGUCUCUGGUCUUAUCGGCGUCCAUUUGAAGCAGUACUUUGACGACCCGACGAUCCAGCUUGUAGGGGCCAUUGAAGGAGAGGAGAAAGAGGACGUGCACUUGGUGCUCGAGUACGGACGUGAUUUCGAGCAAACGCUCGAGACGUUCGAGCCGGACUUGGUCGUCUUUGGCGGCUUGCAGCUCGCGGAAGUUGAGCAAGAUGUACGUGCACGGGUCCUGCGUCUCGAAGCACUGGCCGGGGUGUUGCAGAAUUCGUAUGCAGUUGACACACCCACGCACUAUGAGUUUGCUGCGGUGUCGGACUUUGGGCUGUUUUCCGACACGGUGCGCUUGGUGCUGCCAUGGGUGGAUUCUAUCGGUCUGAACGAGCAGGAGCUGUUUAUUCUGCACCACUUUUUAGUGACGGGGAAAGAAAGCACUGCGACAGCGUCUCGACCGACGAUUGCUGAGAUUAGUGCACAGUUGCACGACAUUAUUCAGUUUGCAAAGGAUGCGAGAGAGACGGUUGAGACAAGCAGACGGGGGAAGGAGGACGAUGGAAAGCACGAGGUGACGGUGGCGUUAGCGCAUUUGUCACGGAUUCAUUUCCAUACGCUGCAGUUUCAUGUUGUAUGCCAGAGGAAGAAGGGUAUCUGGGAAGACCCGACUUCAGCAUUGGUGCAGGGCGUACUGAUUCGUUAG